AUGCCGGACGGAACUACCACCCCGACCGAGGCUCUUCUCGAUCAGCACGUCGUCCACCGGCCCGCUGCCGCACCUCAGCUCGGCGACUCCUUCGUCACCCCGCCUCAGGAGCGCUACAUGCGUCUUCGCAGCGUUCCGGCGCCAACCCAAGACGUCAAAGAAGUCGAGCAUAUGCUACCUCUUCCGCCUCACCUCCUCGUCAAGGAGACUCGCGCUUUGGAACCCGAACAGUUCGCCGUCUUCGACCCGAGCUCAGGCGAUGAUGUCGAGCUUUUCUGCCGUCGUAUUCAGGACAUGGCGUACGUCAAGGGCUCAGUCGCUGUAUGCGAAGUCCUACCGCGGUGCCUGCAUAAUAGCGCCAUGUACUGGUACAUGAGCCUCGACGAAGUCGACCGGACGCAGAUGCGCUAA